UCAGGCGGGACCAAUUCUUGCACUGGGUAGAGUCGCUGACCGCAGCGGCAAACACCAUCAUGGCUCGGACUGCCGAACAAUGCAGAGAAGGUGUUGCUCACUAACAGAGGGAGCGACCUGAUAGCAAAGCUGCUCAAGAUGCAGCUGCUGGAGGACGACGACGAGCCGCCUACGUGGCGGCCGAAGAGGGCGAGAGGGCCGUGCCGGGCGACGGCCGACCUGCCUGGAUGGCCACCCUGCAGCAGUCGGGGCUCCACCUGGCUGCGGCUUGCUCCCGCCCAGCCUCCAGAGCCUGCGCCGCACCAAGGACAACAUCGCGACCCGCUCUAACCGAUGCCUCGAGCGGGAGGUCAACGUGGGCUCUAAGCUGCUCAAGGUAGUCCGCUCCGACCUGGAAGACAUGGUCCGCAUUUGCCGAGGCGAGCGACGCCAGACCAACUACCAUAGGACCAUGAUCGCCGAUCUGGCCAAGGGCAUGCUGCCCGCCCACUGGAAGAAGUACACGGUCUCUCCCGGUUGCACUGUCAUCCAGUGGGUGACGGACUUCUCGGACCGCAUCAAGCAGCUGCAGAGGGUCUCCCAGGCCUGCACCUCUGGAGGGGCUGCCGCUCUCAAGUCCCUGCACAUCUGGCUGGGCGGCAUGUUCAACCCGGAGGCCUACAUCACGGCCACUCGCCAGUACGUGGCUCAGGCCAAUGGCUGGUCCCUGGAAGAACUCUCGCUCGAGGUGCGGGUGUCUGAUGCGGACGAGAAGCCCGGCCCCGUGGACGAGUACAGCUUUGCCCUGGCCGGCCUGAAGCUCCAGGGUGCCAAGUGUGUCCAGAGCCGGCUCAGCCUGACAUCGACCAUCUUCACCGAACUGCCCUUGACCACCAUUCGUUGGGUCAAGUACCGGGAGGACGACGCCGGACAAGCCAUGGUAACACUUCCGGUGUAUCUCAACUCCAGCCGCACAGAGCUCCUCUUCACUGUCGACCUUCCCGCAGCCGACCCCCGGGAGUCGCACAGUUUCUACGAGCGGGGCGUUGCUCUGCUCUGCUCGACCACACUCGGCUGAUGAAUUCGCCACAACCUCAACUCAACGACCGUUUAUGCCCUAUUGGGUGCAGUGCCAGAUCGUAUGAUACCUAGCUAAACUCCGCACAGCUCCAAAGCCGGCCGCAGCUCUGCUGCAUUCUCGCAUUCUGCGACGGCUUAGCCUUGUCCUGUCCCGAUACUUUUCGAGGUGUGGUAGCUUUUUAUAUCUAGCUUUUUUUUUUGAUUGGUGCCUCUUUGAAGGCGAAAGAGAGUUUUACGUGGCCUCGUUUUUGGAGGUGCACUCGGCAGUUGCGGCUGCUCUCGACGGUUGGGACUGGUCUCUCCUCGGCAGCUUGUUUUUAUUUUUACCAUAACUAUUUUUGUUGUGGGUGUUUCUCGCCUAACGCACCGAUGUCAUUGAAGAGGACUUUGUUGUCUCGCUUUCUGGUGAAGUAAAAGCAUUUUAUCAUAAAA